AUGGAAGAUGUGGAGAAUCUCGUUGAGCGGGCGCGUCAUCUCUCGCUGCACCCGUUAGAGUCGAAACCUAUUGAUAAGUUUCAUGUCGGCAUUGACACGCAUCUAUUGCGGAUCUAUGGGUCUAUUGUGGCGUCUGAGACGACCAAGAAUUAUUUCCGCCAGACUGUCCAGGUGGAGACUGUCCCUGGUGCGGAUGUAUCGAUUUCGGAUCCUCUCGUCUCGAUCGAUGCUUUUCGCUCGUACAUGAAAAAUGAGGUUUCAAGGGCUCAGGCUCCUGCUGAGGUGAUGGAUUGCUCGGCUCCUCUUUGUGAUUACUUUGUUUCCUCCAGUCAUAAUACCUAUUUGACUGGUAAUCAGUUGUACAGUGAUGCGGCUGCAAGUGCGUAUACAUCGGUCCUUCUACGUGGUUGUCGCUCGGUUGAGAUCGAUGUUUGGGACGGCGAGCCGCUUUCACCUGACUCAAGUGAGAAUGAAGAGACAAGCAGCGAGAGUAGCAGCGACUCGGAAAACGAAACCAAGAAACCAAAGGGGGAAAACCAGGGGCUAAAGAGUCGGCUUAAGCAGAAGAUCAUGGCAAAAGCCGAGUCUGAGGAGAAACUCGUUCAAAGGUUGCCCAAGUCUGUGAGUGCGAAGCUGGGGCUCAAAAGCAAGACACCAGAUAUCACUGUUGUACCGUCUACUACAACAGAAGUCCCCAAUAUUUCCACCAGUGCGAACGCGGAUGUUGAGAAAGAAGGAACCAAGUCAGUUACAGGGCCGCUUUUAACCCAAGGAGCCAUCAAGGGAGAGCCACGAGUCUUGCAUGGACACACUCUGACCAAAGGGGCUUCUUUCCGUGAAAUUGCCUAUGCGAUUAGGGACAGCGCUUUUGUGACGAGUGAUCUGCCAGUAAUCAUCAGCUUCGAGGUCCAUGCCAACCUAGAACAACAACAGAUUAUGGUUGAUAUCAUCCACGAUGCGUGGAAGGGUUUAUUGGUCGAGGUCCCGGCUAAUACCCCGACAGAAAAACUGCCAACUUUGGCACAGUUGAAGGGGAAGAUCCUAAUCAAGGCCAAGUCGUUGCCACUGAAGGGGGCAAAAGAGAUCGAUGAAGAAGCGAAGGAUGAAGAGAGUGAGACAGAGGAAUCUGAGGAUAAGUCCGCAUCACAGAACCCGAAGCCCGCGAAGCCUGUGAAGAUCCUCGAGGCUUUGGCAAAGCUGGCUAUUUAUACGCGGGCAUAUCACUUCAGCCACUUUGAUCAACCUGAGGCCAAGGACCCGGUCCAUAUCUUCUCGCUGUCUGAAAAGGGCGCGCGGGAUGCCCACCUAAACUACCGUGACGCCCUAUUCGAACACAAUCGAUCGUCCAUGAUGCGCAUCUAUCCCUUCGCCUUCAGAGUGAACUCUUCAAACCUGGACCCAUCUUUCUACUGGCGGCGAGGCGCGCAGUUGGUUGCCUUGAACUGGCAGAACAUGGACAAAGGCAUGAUGCUCAACCACGGGAUGUUCGCCGGCACGCAGGGAUGGGUCACCAAGCCGGCGGGGUACAAGAGCUCGGAACCGCACGCCAAUAGCAUUAGUCGUGAGACGCUCGAGCUCACGAUCGAAGUCUUCGCGGCUCAGGACUUAUCACUCCCGCCCAGCGACCAUAGCGAGAAAUGGUUCCGCCCGUAUGUAAACUGCCAGUUGCAUGUCGAGGAGCCUGAGAGUCUGGUCGCUGUUGGACAAGACGAUGUGAGCUCAGAUUCCGAGAAGAGCAGUUAUCGCCGUUGUACAAAGAGUAAGUCGGGCAUCAACCCGGAUUUCGAGGCGCAGAAAUUGGAGUUUCCGGCUGUGAGUGGAGUGGUUGAGAAGCUAAGUUUCCUCCGGUUCAAAAUCAAGGAUGACGAGAUCGGUCGCGACUCACUGGCCGCGUGGGCGUGCAUUCGGCUUGACCGACUUCGAGAGGGCUACCGGCUCGUCCAUCUUCUCAACAGCACUGGAGAAAAGGCAGGGGGUAUAUUAUUGGUUCGCAUCACGAAGAAGACGUCCUGA